AUGUCUGAAAUCAACGAUCAGCAAGGUGAUGUUUCCUUGGACGAACGUAAUAAUACAACUGGUAACUCUGGCCUACAUAACCUGACCGGGCCAAGAGCAAGAUUUCAACCAGUGCGAAUGAAAGCCCUUCUCGAUCUCUUCGAAAGCGAGGAAGAUGAUACUGAGCCUCGUGAUUCUGACAAUGAUUCAGAUUCUGAAAGUCUUCAACCUUUACCCGAUGAUGAAUUUGAUAACUUAAAUUGUGUCACAGAAAACGUCGAUGAGUCUUUUAGGAAUGGAAAACCUUUGCCCAGUGAGUCUGAUCACAAAGUUCUUGAGAAUCAAACUGAAACAUCCAUAAAGAACCUUGGUUUGGAUGAUAGAAUAUCGAACAAUUAUCAGGCCAUAAACUCACCCCAACCUAUGCCUCUGGAGUCAGUACAAAACAGUUUUCAAAUUUCUUCUAAGAAUAAGCCGGACUGCCUCAGUAUUAUAUCGUCCUCAAACCAUAAUAAAGUGACUCAGCAAGCCCCUAAUAAUCUGAAUAGUUGGGACAGUUACCAGAAGCCUAUUUUUACUUCACAAACAUUGAUCAACCCCAUAGACAAAAAACCUUAUGCUCAAAAUGUUAUAACAACAAACAAAUCUGAAGCAUCCAAUCAGCAACAAGAGCUAAUGUCUAGCAUUGACUCAGAUUAUCCACACAUUUCAAAUUCAGCUCCAAGAUAUUCUGGUAAUCCAAUCCAAUCUGAAGGACUUCUAGGACCUAUACAACAGGAAGUUAGUUAUGUGGCACCACUACAAUCUUCCGUAACAGCCACACCUUUAAAACAUCCAACGAUUAGUGCUGGCCACCCCAACCCCUGCCACAGUCGUAGAGAUAUCAUGGAAACUCCUCAAACAAAGUCCUUCCAAUCAAGUUCACAGAACAAUGUUGAAACGCCUGGUCUAAUUUUCUCUCAUUGGUCAAAAAACAAUUUUUUCCAAACUCCUACCCAAAAACAAAUAUUAACAAAAAAACAUGGAGUUGGAGGUCGAGGUGGUCCUGCUUUGCAAGAUUUAGGGCUACAGCCUCAUAGGUUUUGUACCAGUGAAUCAAAGUCAAUCAGAAGACCAUUGAGUGAAGCUAUGUACUUAAAUCGAGGUUCAAGUAUUGCUGCCAGUCCAAAUAAUCAUGCUGUUGAAUAUCGAAGCUUUGAGCGGAACAGUUCACAUAUUUCUAGUGGAUUAGAAAGCUUAUACAGCAUGAAAACCAACUCAUUGUCAAAAGAAAAUCGUGUAGUGGACACUAAGCUGGACAUUAAAAACUACACAGUCAAAAAAAUUGUGCAAUCUUUGCAAGAGAGCAAUCAUCAGCAACAGGGUAGCAAACAAGAAAACUCCCGAGCACUGUUAAAUAAUGAUAUCAAGGUAGAUUCCAAAACUAACACGAACGGGAGAAACGGCAUUGCAAGUGAUAUUCCGGUAGUGCCAGCUUUUGUAUCUAGUAAAGAGCAAGGUUUUGAAAUGAGGGCAACUAAGAAUUCAGAAUCCAAUUUUAGAAUAGAUUCUACCAAUUCAUCAGUCAACAAAGAUGCAUGUGGGAACAACCUGAAUACUGAGGGACAAGUGAAUGCACGAAAUAAUUACUAUGGCAUCAAAUCUCUAAAUGGGGCUGAUAUCUCUAAAUCGUUGCCCAAACCUGAUUUGCCAUUGCCGGUAAAUAGAGAUACACCAUCCACAUUGCAGAAUACAAAGUCUAAUCAAGGAAAUGUACAAUUCAGUUUGGCUUCUAAAGAUUCAGAUAGAAAACAUGGGAAGACAAUAACUGUCAAAGGAAGUGGGUACUUAGUUUUGGGAAAACUUGGCCAAGGUAUGAGUGGCGAGGUUCUGAGGGUACAAGAUGUAAAAACUGGAGAACUACGAGCCAUUAAAUGUGUUGACCUUUCCUGCAUCGACAGAGAAACAGCACAAGGCUGUUUGGAAGAAGUUUCUUUGUUGGACAAACUGAGGGCACCCUGCAUUAUCGAUAUGAUCAACUACGAAAUCCAAUCAAACUUGUUGUAUGUAGUGAUGGAGAUGGGUGACACAGAUCUCAGUAAACUAUUGAAGUCUAUGUCACGAGAAAAGCAGCUUCCUCUUACUAUGAUACUCUACUACUGGACCGAAAUGUUGACUGCAGUUAAACAUAUACACGAUAAUGGUGUAAUACAUUCAGAUUUGAAGCCAGCAAAUUUCCUAUUAGUAAGAGGCAGAUUGAAACUGAUAGAUUUUGGGAUUGCAUCUACUGUUAACGCUGACAUGACUUCUGUUGUGAAGAACACGUCACUUGGGACUGUGAAUUACAUAAGUCCUGAAGCUAUCAUAGAUGUUGGAGGUAACGGUGACUCACCCAAUGACAACAACAAAUAUAAGAUACACUUCAAAUCAGAUGUGUGGUCAUUAGGUUGCAUAUUGUACAGUUUGGUGUAUGGACAAACGCCAUUCCAGCAUAUUCGUGCAAACUGGGCAAAGAUUGCGGAGAUAACUAAUCCUAAUCAGAAAAUAGCAUUUCCUCCCAUGGAGAUUAUGUCGAGACGAGGAUACAGUUCUCCACCACCAUUCCUUGUUGAUGUGAUGAGACGAUGUCUACAACACGAUCGAAAGGCUAGACCCACAGUUGAUCAACUUUUACAAAUUCCCUACGUAGGAUGCAACUGUCCUCCCAUCUCUAAUCUACCAAGCAUCUCUGCCUCUAUUUUAUCAAAAAUAAAACAGUCGCUAGAGGAAAAUGAAUGGAGACAAUUGUUGGAGGUUCUGGAGCGACGAAAACCACUCUGUUAAAUUUAAAUUGUGAUAAAAUUGUAUGAUAGUAUGAUUAUAAAAACCAUGUCU